UUGUGUUAAAAACAGAGAUACGCUUCUCAUGCAGUGAUGAAGAGACAGAAAGUAGCAUAGAACACAAAGCAUGUAUAAUUUUCCAGGAUGUGUCCACAUUUACAGAUGUUCAAAACUGCUGCUUAAACGGGGACUUUUGUUGCUCCUGUUCCAUGUCCAAGCUAUUGCCUCAUGUCCUAAGAGUUGCCAUUGUUCUGAUAAUAGUGGAGCAAUGGUGGUCCACUGCAGUGCCCAAAAUCUAGAGGAAAUUCCUGUAGACCUCCCUAUGGAUACUGUGUCUCUGAAGCUGGAUGCAAACAAAAUCCAUCAGGUGCCAAAUAAUGCAUUCAAAGACCUCAGUUAUCUACAGGAGCUAGACUUGUCUAGAAACUCAAUUGAGAAAAUAGAGCUUGCUGCUUUCAAAGGGGUAACAGAGGGACUCAGGCUUCUAGAUCUGUCUGGGAAUCAGAUUCACAGCAUACCAAAGGAGGCCCUGGAAAAGCUUAGGGCCAAGAUCCGCUUGUCUAACAAUCCAUGGCACUGUGAUUGCACUCUUCAGGAGGUGCUGAGGGAGCUCAAGUUGGACCCAGAGACUGUCAAUGACAUUUCCUGUUACACAUCCGUGCAGGAGGAAUAUGUUGGCAAGCCUUUAAUCCAAGUGCUAGAUUCAGGCAUUAACUUUUGCAAUAUCCACCAUAAAACCACAGAUGUUGCUAUGUUUAUCACUAUGUUUGGUUGGUUUGCCAUGGUUAUAACCUAUGUGGUAUAUUAUGUGAGGCACAACCAAGAAGAUGCCAGGAGGCAUUUAGAAUAUCUUAAGUCAUUACCGAGUCACCAGCUAACCAAAGACUUUGAUACUAUCAGCACUGUUCUGUAGUUAUUGAUGUGCCUAAGGAUAACAGGAUAGUGCCACACAUUGAACCCUAUGCUUUGGCAAACA